AAAGGGGUUUUACGACUAUAUAGCCGCGGGGAUAAGGGGAAUUUUCCUCGAUGAUCGAUUCUGAGAGUCGCAAUACUCAUCACGUGAUACUAUCGUCGCCUCUCUCUUGGGUUACAGAACACGAACGGAGCUUCUCUGUUGGCAUUCUCGGGAUUCAUUUGACAUUUGAAUAACACGCGAUAAUGGAGGCAUUCGAUAAGAUUCCAUAUGAAGUCCUGUUUAGGAUCAAUGCGUAUGCAGCGGACUGGGUUGCUCUUGAAAGCCUUUUCCACGUCUCCUCGCGGGUAGGCGAGCUUUUCGCAGGCGAACCCAACAGCGAGGCAGACCCAGAAGCCAUCCGCCUAGUUGAAUCGAUCCUUGCAGAGAACCCUGUCAUGCGACAUGAACUGCACCGCCACUUCCGGAUGAGCAUGAGACUGCGCCAGCCCUCCUUAGCGGAUACUAGUUUCGCCGAGUUCAUGGCUCGCGACUAUUCUGUGUCAUCCUUGACCUCCUCCCCCCCUUCUUUGAUAACCCGAGCCAUGUUACAGGAGAUGGUGAUUAUCGCGACCAACAUCCAACGGCUGGCGUGCGCCUGUUUAACCACCUUCUUAACCCGGCUUCGGAAGGUUCAGCCGCGGCUUCGGGAGUACACUCAUGGACCGCCCUUCUCCGGUGCGGUGGGCACCGCGCCAUACAAGCCACACGAUUCCGGCCCUCCCUCAUGGAUUGAGGAGUAUCGGGUCUACCGCGCACUCUGGCACUUGCAGCUGUAUUCCGACCUGUUGGUUGUGGGUGACAGGCUGAACUGGCCCCAAAGUGACUUCGAGUAUUUGCGAACUAGCCACGUGGAGUGGAAUGAAUUGCAGCCUAUAGCUGGGGAGGAAGAACUCAAAUGCAUAUCGGAAUGCCUGGGGAGUCUCUACUGUGUUGAUGUAGUUCCCACUACACAGUCCCCUGUCGAAUCUGACAGUAGUGACAUGCACCUUAUCACUCAGGUCCCCAAUGCCUCUCAACUGCAGUGCAAAUUUAGUGUCUGGGCACCUCCAUCUCCACCCGAAAUUCCACACAAUGACGAUGAUUAUGGCAGCCCUAAGGAUAUUUGGGGCCAGGGACUGGAAAGGAGCAAGCAUAAUCGCACGGCCACUUACUUCAGAAUGUGCCGGUUCCACAACAUGAAAUACAGAACCAAGUUUCAAGUCUGUAGCAUUCAGGACUGGCGUCCAUGGCGCGGACUGGGUAUGCCGAUGUGGGAUCUCUGCCGGUUAUAUUGGCUGGGCCUCUGGCCUCUGGCGCACUCCCGCGGGCUAAAAUGGCGGGCCAGUCCGACUGAUGACGGAAUAGAUAUUUCACAGGCUCAUUGUCUGUGGGAUGGUGUCGAGGAAGUACAAUACCGAAUGUCUGUUUUUAUGGGGGCACGCAUGGAGAUGGAACGUCAAGAGAAAGUGGAACGCAUAGUAGAAGAUGGACAUGGAUUAGACAAACAAUGAAGGCCAUUUCAGGUCCCGUUGAAUGUCCAGCUAGCUACCUAAUUACAGCAUAAUGAGACUUGUCUGCCAAUCAAGUACUGAAC